CAGGGACAGAUCAGAGGGAAUAGCCUAUUAAGAGGGACCAAACUCUCCUACUACAGACAGUACUCUGAUCUUUCUAACCCAAAAAAUACUAACUAAAGGUAGUGUGCUCCUUCAUUCAAUUCCUAGCAAGCUAGCUAGCUAGUUAGCAGUCUUAUUGGAUGAAGCUAGACAAUGAUGGCUUAUAAGAGUAUCCUCCACCAAGCAGCUGAUUUUCCCUCCAAGAGACUGCACUUCCACUGGAAAACCAAAGUCAGGAGCGAGGAAGAGGAUGAAGAUUAUGGCGUCAAACGAAACCGCGGGGAAGCAGAGGACGAUUCAUCUCCCGAUCAAGAACAACCAUCCAAGAACAACCCAUCAGCAGUAGACAGCAACAAGAAGCUGAACCAAGAAUCAUCACCACCAGCAGCGGCAGCAGGCACAACCGGUAAGCUGAAAUCAGUGCUGACUUCGAUCGGGAGGAACAGGCUGAGUUCGGUGUUGAUGAACCAGCUGCAAGGCGGCGGGAGGAGGAGGAGGCUGCUGCUGGUAGGCACCCUUUUCGGCCCCAGGCGUGGGACCCACGUGCAUUUCGUGUUCCAGAAGGACCCCACUUCAGAACCGGUGUUCUUGGUGGAGUUGGCCACCCCAAUAUCAUCCCUGGUUCGGGAGAUGGCUUCGGGGCAGGUCCGGGUCGCCCUGGAGUGUGACAGGAAGAAGGCGGCAGAGAGCGGCAGCGGGAGGAGGGUAAUAGAUGAGGAGGGUGUUUGGAGGGCAUACUUGAAUGGGAAGAAGUGUGGUUUUGGGAACAGUAGACGAGAAUGCUGGGAAAGGGAGUGGGAGAUUUUGAAGUGCGUGGAGGCUAUCACCACCGGUGCGGGGGUACUGCCACCCAUAAUUGGCGGGGGCGAUGGCGGGGAAGUGAUGUAUAUGAGAGCAAAGUUUGAGAGAGUGGUGGGGUGUAGAGAUUCAGAAGCACUGUACAUGAUGAACCCUGCAGACAGCCAUGCUCCUCCUGAGCUCAGUCUUUACCUUCUCAGAACAGAUGGAUGAUCAUGGAUCGAUCGACCGAGUUUAACUAAUUAACAUGCAUUACCUAAGAGUAAUAUGGAUUAAUGCCAGCCAUAAGUGGCCAUGCAUGUCCAUUGCAUUUUUUGUAUUGUUUUUUGCUUUUAUGUUUUGCAUAUUUCAUUUCCAUGUAGGCAGUACAUGCGAAUCCUUCAUGAAUAAUAAUGGAAGGAAUUGAAGAAGGCCGGCCGUGAUGUUAAUAGCCCCAAAUUCCGUAGUGUGUUGAAAAAAAAAGUAAUUGAACUAUGAUAACCAUUUCACCGAUAGAAAUCCAAAUAAGGACGAAGUCCUUAUUUGGACCAGUUCUAUAUUGGACCAUUUUCAGUAUAUCGGACCAUUUCCCAUAUUUCUAUACAACUGUGUGAAUGAAAUGCCAAGCUGCUGGGUCAAGGCCAUUUAUGCGACCACGGUCAUUUGUGUCUAUUGAUUACGUUUGUGAUAGAUAUUUGGGAUACAUAUUAUGGAGUAGAUUUUUUUGGACUAUUUUAAGUCCCAGACAAGAUCGAUGUGCUCGGAAAACAUCAUAAAUCUAGAUAUGCUCGGAAAAGAAUGUGGUUUUUCGCACUAAGAUGAGUUGCCUGUUGCCGGGAUAUAUGACAUUCACGGUGAGGAGCGACUCUGAAUAUUAUUAUGGUGCAAUAAUUGGUGGCAUGGGUAUAAGAAUCUACACGUUAUGUUUUGGGUUCCACUGACCAAUAACUAUUACCUCUGUCAUCAUUGCAUUUAUGUUUUGGCAGGACUCAUUAUUACCCUCCUCAUAUUUGUGUCCUUUUCAUGUUGGGAUGUCGCGAGAUGAACUUUAUUAGUUUCACCAAAAUUUGACAUUGUCCAGGAAUCUUAAAAUCCCAUAAAUACCUCCAUUUAAAUGCCGUUUCCUAAUCUAUAUUUUCAACUCAUUAAUCA